AUGGCGAUGAAAAAGACAUUUCCCAGUGCCAGUUCUCAUCGCAGUGGUCCACAGGAUAUUGCCCCGACGCAUCUUCUCAAUAUUCCAAAAAGCAGGAGUUACUUAAACCGUGUUAGGCUGGUCAGCAACGUUAACAAUUACCAGGGUAGAGUUGAGUUCCAGUAUUUUGGAGUUUGGGGAACUGUCUGUAAUGCAAACUUUAGUCAAAACGAUGCACGUGUCAUAUGCAAACUGGCUGGGUAUGAAACUUUGAGUUACAUCACAAUACAUACAAAUGUAAGCAAGUACGGACAAGGGUCAGGUAACCUUAUUGUUGAGGACUUAAAGUGCAACGGAACAGAGACGGACAUUGAUGAAUGUGCCUCGUACCCAUGGAAGGAAAAUUCUGCAAAACAACCAUGUAACUCGCAUUACUAUGAUGUCGGCGUUAAUUGUAGACCUGUAACACCAAUGCGCUUUGUGGGUGGAAGUAACUAUUCUGGGAGAGUUGAAAUCGAGUACAAAGGAGAUUGGGGCACGAUCUGCGACAACUACUUCGAUGAAACGACGCUAAAGUGA